AUGUCAUCAAUUCAACAGCAGAAACUGAAGAAAAUUGCGGUGGUGACCGGUGCAUCAUCUGGGAUCGGUUACGAAAUUACCAAUGAAUUGGCUAAAAACAACUACAUAAUUUAUGCCUGUGCAAGAAGAGUAGAUCCUAUUCAACAAUUGGUUGAUGAAUUCUCCAACGCAGUGAUAAAACCCCAUAAGUUGGACAUCUCUAACCCUGAGGAAAUAACACAAUUCAAACAAUUCUUAUCCGAGAAUUUACCAAAUGAGAAACUUGAUUUACUGUACAACAAUGCUGGCCAAAGUUGCACUUUCCCUGCUUUAGAUGUCUCCAAUGAUGUAAUGGAACAAUGUUUUAAGGUCAAUGUUUUUGGUCAUGUUAACAUGUGCCGUGAAUUAUCCCAGUUUUUAAUCAAUGCGAAGGGUACAAUUGUCUUCACGGGAUCAUUAGCUGGUAUUACUCCUUUCCCCUUCGGUAGUAUUUAUUCAGCCACUAAAGCUGCAAUCCACCAAUAUGCCCGUGUGUUGCAUUUGGAAUUGAAACCAUUUGGUGUGAGAGUGAUCAAUGCUGUUACUGGUGCUGUCAAGAGUAAUAUCGCAGAUACAAGACCUUUGCCAGAGACUUCCGUUUUCAAUUUUGCUGAAGGUCAAGAAGCCUUCAAGAAUCGCCAAUUAAUGGCAAAGAAAAGUCAUCCAAUGCCUGCUGAUGUCUAUGCUAAGAAGUUAGUUAAGGACAUUAUGAGCGGAAGUGACCCUGUUGAUAUAUACAGAGGAAAAUUGGCUACUGUUAUGUCUUUCAUCAUGCUAUUGGUUCCUUAUAGGAUAUUAGAAUUUGGAUUAAAAAAAUAUUUUAAGUUAGAUAAAGUCUUUGAAGCUUUAGAUUCAACGGAUGAAGAAAGACUAAAGCGUAAGAGUGCCUAA